CCUUAUGUAGCAGCAUUCCUGUUGAGAGAGGGUCAAAAUACCCAACAAAGGAGGGCGAAGUUUGGAGAACCUAUGGAAAUUAUUGAUCUCAUUGUUGACAUUUUCUUUAUUAUUGAUAUCAUAAUCAACUUUAGAACUACUUAUGUUAACGACAACGAUGAAGUUGUCAGUGAUCCAGGGAAAAUUGCACUACACUAUUUUAAAGGAUGGUUUUUUAUUGACGCGGUAGCAGCUGUCCCUUUUGAUUUGUUAUUGGUCGAGACGGAUAGUGAUGAGACCACAACAUUAAUUGGACUUUUAAAAACUGCUCGUCUUUUGCGUUUAGUACGGGUAGCCAGAAAGCUUGAUAGGUACUCUGAAUAUGGGGCGGCUGUUCUUUUACUUUUAAUGGCUACAUUUGCUUUAAUUGCUCAUUGGCUAGCUUGUAUUUGGUAUGCCAUUGGCUCUACAGAAUUACCACAUAAAGUUGGUUUAAAAUAA